AUGUCCUCUACUUCCUCGUCGUCCUUGCCCUCGCUCGACGCCUCCAGCACUCGCUCCUCGGGCAUAGCAACGCGCACUGCAAAGAAGCUUUCGAGAUCAACCAAGCCAUCCUGGCCCUCAUCACAGCUCAACGCUGCUGCUUCCCAUGCCGCAGCAGAGCGCAAACGGUCAAACUCAGUCUCUGUCGCCCUGCCUUACUACUCCACCACUUACAAGCAAGAAGAGGGACACGACUCGCUGUAUCCUAAUGACCGGUCGAGAUCCUUCCCCGUGUCUCGCUCGGACAUGAAGGCCAUCCGAGGGACGUGA